UUGGAGAAAAAAGAACGGGGCGCGAGCGAGCGCGUGAUUUUUUUUAGGGAGAUUUUCUGAAGUCUGAACGUCUUCAAUUCUGCUCAAUUGAGUUCCCGGGAUUAACAUGGUGAUGGUCGAUGAAGGAGGGGGGGAUACGGUGGCGACCUCUUCGUUGUUUAAACUAGUCUAGCCUUUUCUCAACAACGGGCAAAUCUGAAAAAGGAGAGGUUAAGGUAACGACCAAAAACGAAUCUGUUUUCUUGUAGCCAGCUCGAUGUAUUAGGGAGAAGGUCCUGUUUUUACACGACGGUGGACAUCGGUGGAUGUUAGCUUAGUUAGCUAGCGUGUUAUGAGUCAACCGCUAUCUUGCCUGGCUUCAAAUCAUUCUCGUUUGAUGUCUCUUUGGUUAGCUAGCUAAGUGCUUAGCUAGCUAACGCACCUACCUAAGGAACACUGAGGGUUCUGUGGACAUGGGGGAUCCAGCGAGUUCCAAUUGACGCUAGACAAAUAUCCACACCGAGCUCUUGCCCGAGCUCUCGUUUGGAUUUUCUCCUGAAGUGAUAAGUCUUCCAUAUCAGAUUCAGACGAUCGUACACAAGACACCUUUUGCUCUUUCUUCUGAAUGGUGAUGUGCCAUGUGAAUGACUGAGAACCACCAUGAAGCCCUCACACAAGCUGCUGUUCGUCCUGUGCCCCAUGCUGGUCCUGGGCUUCAUCUACUACUCCUCUGGGAAGCUACACCUGCAUGUAUGGGGCCAGAAGCCACAGUUGGAAGCGGAAAUUGCUCUCACCGUGGGACGAAUAGUAGGCUCAGUGUAUGAUAAGCAGGGCUUUCUGCUGAAGCUGGAUGGACAGUUGCCAGCGGAGUUGGCGUACAAGUAUGGCAACCUCAGCGAAGGAGUUUGCAAGCCGGGCUACGCAGCGGCCAAGAUGACUGCCAUCUAUCCAAAGUUCAUGAAGCCAGCUCCCAUGUUUCUCGACCGGAACUUCAAGCGGCUGGCCAAAGUCCGCAAUUAUUUGCCUCCAUUUGGAUUCAAAACACAAGAAAGAAUCAUAGACAGUAUUCUAACUGCAACAAAGAACUAUGGCUUGGGUGAAGUCCUUGACAGUCUUGGUUGUAAAAGAUGCAUUAUUGUGGGCAAUGGUGGUAUCCUGGCCAACAAGUCUUUGGGCUCGCGCAUAGAUGAUUACGACAUUGUGGUGAGGUUGAACGAGGCUCCUGUGACUGGUUUCGGCAAGGACGUGGGCACCAAGACCACCAUGCGCAUCACCUACCCUGAGGGGGCCAUUCAGAAGCCUGAGCGCUACGAAAAGGACUCGCUAUUCGUCUUUUCCGCCUUCAAACCGCUGGACUUCAAGUGGCUCAGACAAAUGGUCUUCAAAGAGAAACUGCGGGGUACAGAGGGCUUCUGGAAGUCUGUGGCACACUACGUCCCCAGGGAGCCCACAGAGAUGCGCAUCCUCAACCCCUACUUCAUCCAGGAGGCUGCCUUCCAGUUCAUCGGCCUGCCGCUCAAUAACGGCCUCAUGGGCAAAGGGAACAUUCCAACCCUGGGGACCGUCGCCAUAACAAUGGCGCUGCAUAACUGUGAUGAGGUGGUGGUGGCUGGCUUCGGUUAUGACAUGAACAUGCCUCACGCACCCUUGCACUACUACGAAACAGUCAAGAUGUCCGCCAUCAAAGAGUCCUGGACACACAACAUAUCCAAGGAGAAGGAAUUCCUCCGCAAGCUGGUGAAGGCCAACAUCAUCACGGACCUGACUAACGGCAUCUGAGUCUGACCAUCCAAGAGGUUUGCCUUUUCCCAAAAGAACUACAGAACAGAGGAUGCUGGGAAUAAAC